AUGUCAAUACUAAAGACUCCCUACGCCGAACACUGGCUUCAGGGCCCUCAGUCGACCUCAUUCUACACCCGUCUCUACCUUCCCUCAUCUUCAAACACCCCUGACACAGCGUCAACACCACCUACUCGUCCUAAAGCCGCACUCGUUUAUGUUCACGGAUUCGUUGAACACGUGGGGCGUUAUAACCAUCUGCACUCGUACUUUGCGGAUCAUGGCAUCGCCGUAUUUGCCUUCGACCAGAGAGGGUUUGGAAAGACGGCGCUGGACCUGGAGCAUAAGAGCUCGGGGAGUAGCUUUGGGAAGACGAGCGGGAAGGACCAGUUGAUUGAUGUCGAGUGGGCUAUCACUCACACAAAGGAGGAGAUGGAGAAGAGAGGCUGGGACGGUGUCAAGUUAUUCUUGAUGGGUCAUUCUAUGGGGGGAGGUAUCGUUCUCUCAUUCGUCACACGUACUUCCGAGCCUCCUGCAAAGUCCACAGUUUCGCUCUUGUCGGGAGUAAUUGCGUCUUCCCCCCUCGUCCUCCUCACGAAACCCGUCCCUACCCCUGUACGGUGGAUCGCUUCAAAGGCCGGAGGAGUACUGCCAUAUAUGAGGGUAAAAGCAGAAGUGUUCCCUGAGGACCUUUCACAUGAUCCUAAAGUUGCGGAGGACAACAAGAAUGAUCCCCUCUGCAAGCCAUACGGGACCAUCAGAGGUCUCGAUGACAUGCUGCGUGGGGGUGAGAACCUUCUUGCAAGUGAAUACAAGCAAUGGCCCAAGAGCCUACCAAUAUUAUUCGUGCAUGGCACUGCGGACAACGUCAACUCCGUGAAGGCAACCGAAGAACUCUACAAUCGCAUCGACGCAUCAGACAAGCACCUAUCUCUCUAUCCCGAUGGCUAUCACGAAUUGCAUAACGAGACAGACGAUAUCAAGACCAAAUUAUUUGCGGAGUAUAUCUCCUGGAUCAACGCUCGUUUAGGCUCAGGUGCUCCCCAGUUGCCUGAGGCCACGGUGGACGAAGGAAUAUCCAAGCUAUGA